AUGAAGCUCCCAGCUAGUUCAGUCCUUUUCGGCGCCCUCGUGACACUUGUGCAGUCUGCUCAGGCCAAGGUCAAAGCCACCGCUCAAACCGGCAACAUCACUCUCUUCACCGGCGCUACUUGCUCCACCCCGGUUUUCAACGUCCCCUUCACUCUAGGAAUCAACCACUGCGCCAGAGCCGACUCGGUGUCCAUCUUUCCCGGCUCCUAUGGAUCUUUCAUUGUGAACGAGCGCCCGGUGUGCGACAGCGGGGCUCCCGCAACCUUCAACGUCUACAGCGACCUGGGAUGUAUAAAUUUGACCACGUCGUAUGAGCCUGGUGCUGCCACGAGUGGAGAUGACGGUUCUUGUGAAGCUCCGAACGGUGGUUUUAAGGGCUUGGAAUUCUUCUGUCCUGUGGUCAAGACGAUGACUGCGACGCGCAUCGCAACAGCCACCACCACAACCGAUGAAGCUACUUUGGAAGCCACAACAUAUCCUACUCAUGUCACUCGUACGCACACGGCCGACGGAGCUGUGGGGACCCCUGAGAAAACUACGGAAGCUCAGGCGACUGGAACUGGGACUGCAACGACGACUGGGAUUGCAACAACGACUGGGACUGGGACUGGGACUGGGACGGGUACUGGGACGGGGACUGGUGUAUCAACCGACUUGGCCUCAGUGGCAACCCCCGUCAGUACUGGCACCGAAGUUAUACCCACGGCGGUAAGUGGUCAACCGACUUUGCUGGUUGCCUCCGAAUCUGCCGGUUCCACAUGGGUGCUGACGGCCACCUACCUCGCGAGCACCACUGGCUCAGCCGUCAGCAGCAUGACUGCUGUUCCGUCGAAUGUCAUCAUCAGUGGUGCCAUGACGAUAUCAGGGACAGCUUUCACCCCUGUUAUCUGUUUGCUGGCCAUGGCAGUCACGUUUCUUUGA